AGAAGCUUUCAUCUCAAGCUUCAAGUGUGACCCGUUCGCUAAACACAUGAACUUCAUCAGGAUACUAUGUUUGGCGCCCUGCGUGGCCUUCAGGCCACCAGACAGCCAGAGCUUUAUGGCUGCGAAGCUGGCGGCUGAUUUUGCCGCCACGAGGGCCGAGCGCAUGGAGGUCGCCUUGGACACCUCCAAGGGCAUCAACGACGUCGAGUCAUGGGCACUGGGAAAGGAGAAGCAGUCCUGCCUUGACGCCUGCUGGGAACUAGGAUUGCUUUGCAGUGAGGAGGUGAUGCAGGAAGUCCGCAAUAUUCAGAAGAUGCGAGAGGCCGCCAAGAUGGCGGAUGUCCAUUGCAAGGCCUACGACGGCGCUGUAGUGAUCCAAAACGAAAACGUGAAAAAGGGCAACACCACAGUUCUGCGCUACGAGAACCACCCGCUGAUUUGCCGCAAAGACGACUGCUGCCCGGAGAAGAAGGGCUGCAAUAACACGUGCUUCUUCGGUGACAGCGGCAUCAACACCUGCGCAGGUUUGCCACGCCCUGGGAUGUCGAGGCUUUGCGCCUGCCACAGCAUCAAGAGCGCGCUGAGAACGGCAUUGCAAGAGAUUGUCCACACCAACGUCAAAGACAAAGCGCAGGAGCAAAAGGUGCAAGCGGAGGCAAUCAGCUCCCACUCCCACAAGCUGGAAGAAGAGAUCUCACUCUUUGUGAUGAAGCUGGCAGACGCAAUGACGAACCACUCGGUUCCCGAAAGCUGGCAUAAGAGGCUGCAGACCAAGGCUGCGAGAGAAGCAGAAGUUGCCAACCAGACCACUGAACUACAGCAGAUGGAAGAUAUCAUCAUCUCCCACCGCACGGUUUGGUACAAUGGCAGCGCGGCCCACAAGAACCCGCUGGUCGACACCCGCUCCAACGGCCAUGAAGCGACCCACGGCCACCUCGCCAUCCUCUUCCUGUUCGUUACGGUGGUGAUGGGCGUGUUGACCAUUGGCUUCUUGGAGCGGGCUGGCCUGGGAAUACCGUAUACUUGCACCAUCUUCAUCGAAGGUAUCCUCAUUGCGUGCUUGCGGGGCCACAGCAGCCAGGCCCACACCCGCGGAAUUCUACCCCACACCUUCGAGCUGUCCUUGGACCUGUGGCACGACAUCGAUCCGCAUUUGUUCAUGUUCGCCUUCCUGCCGCCGCUCAUCUUCUCCGAGGCCAUGAACAUGAACAUGAGCAUGGUGAAGCGCUGCUUCUGGAGUUGCUUCAUCAUGGCUGUGCCUGGAGUGAUUGUCGGUGCCGUAUUGGCCGGCGUGGCCGCCAAGUACAUUCUGCCCUACGAGUGGGACUGGUCCCUGGCCAUGGCCUUUGGCGCCAUCACCUCUGCCACGGAUCCGGUGGCGGUGGUGGCCAUCUUCAACUCCCUGGGGGUGUCGCCACGGUUGACCAUGCUGAUCAGUGGCGAGUCGCUGCUCAACGACGGCACUGCCAUUGUCUUCUUCAAUCUGUUUAAGAUGAUGCUCAUCAAGGAUGUGGAUCCUGCAACCUUCAGCACUCCUGCAGGGUUGGCGAAAUUCUGCUUCCAAGGUGUGGUGGUCGGCCCAUUGCUCGGCCUCUUCUUCGGUUGGUUCUCGGUGGACUUGCUGGGCUUGUGGGGCAAGGAGGUCCGCUACCACAGCGACAUUCUGGCGCAAGUGAUCCUGACAGUUGCCUUUGGCUACUUGGCCUUCUUCUGCGCCGAGGAAGGCUUCGGAACCAGUGGCGUCCUCACGGUCGUGGUGGCAGGAUCCGUGCUGGCGGCUCGGGCGGGGCCUCGCUUUGUGUCUCCCGAGCUGCUGCAUGCGGUGUGGCACAUCGUGGAGUUCAUAGGAAACACCUUGGUCUUCAUGCUGGCCGGGGUGAUUUCAGGAGAUGUGAUGCUAUGCCACACCACCAUCACCCUCAGCGAUUGGGGAUUCAUGCUGGCUAUGUAUGUGGUCCUCAUGCUGAUCCGCGCAAUUACCGUGGCGAUCUUUUGGAUCCCCAUGCAGGCGGUGUCCCCUGUCAAGCUGUCCUGGCAGGAAGGCGUCGUCAUGGUUUGGUCCGGGCUGCGUGGAGCCGUUGGGCUGCUGAUGGCGGUCCUUCUGGAUCAGGAGACGAGCAUUGAUGAGCAGUCCGGAUCUCGAGUGCUUUUCCACAUCAGCGGCUUUGCUGCAAUGACUCUUCUGAUCAACGGCACUACCACACCUCACGUGCUGAAAGCCGUUGGCUUGAUGGCCCAGGAAGAGGAGAAGCAGAAGAUGCUGGACGAAGUCUGGAACGCCGUGUCGCAGCGCUGUAAGGUGCAAAUGAAGGAGGUGAUGGAUGAUGAGUCGUCCAAGGAGUUGACCAAAGGCGUCCAACCGGAGUGGCUGACCCAAAUGGUGCCCUCCCUGUCCGUGGAAGCUCCUGCGGGCGAGGCUGCGGAGCGGGCAGCCGACCCGAAUAUCCUCAACCAACUUCGGCAAGCUCUUCUGCGUGCAACGAGGAGCGUGUACAAGAAGAUGUUCGAGCACGGUGCCAUUACCAGAACAUCUCCCGAGGCCAUGUUGCUGGUGGCUGCGGUUGACGAGGCGUGCCUGAUGACAGAAGAGGGCCUGCAAGAGUGGAGCCUGCUGUGCGACAGCCUGGGCUUGAAGUUGAGCUCCACAGGGGAGAGGUACAGCUUCGCGAACCUGUUGGGUCAGGCGGACCUCCAUGAGCGUGCUGUUUGCGCUGUCCUGUUGUACAUCAGCGCCCAUGAGAGAGCCAUGGAAGAGGUGCAGAAAUGGUUUGGAUCUGAUAAGACUGCAGACACUCCGGAGGAGAUUGCCCUCCACAAAGAGAACUCUGAGCACAUUGAGCAAGCCCGGCUCUUGCUGGAAGACAUGCCGAUCAGGUUUGUCUCCAUGGUGAGGGCGAAAAUGGUGGCCGCAAAGCUGCUGCAUUUGCAGCUUGAGGAGGUUGAGCAGCUCACGGAGAUGGGAAUCAUCACCGAGGGUGAUGCGCAUCGUUUGGAGCACAAGAUCACUCACAGCAUCGCGCACCUCAGAGAGAUAGGCGAGGACGACCUCGGCAAGGCGAAGCCGAGUCUGUGACGAAGCCUGCAGGGCCUCGGUGAUUUUUUGCCAUUCACCGACUUGCGGCCUGGCAGAGAGAAUCCAUGAGAAUCCAUUGGUUGCCAAGCCCUGGCAAUGCAGAGGUUGAGCCAACAGGCACAAGAC